ACGGCAGUCUGGAGGCAGUGCUCAGCGGUCAGUUCCCCGGAUGAAGGUUGAGCGUGAAUAUGGCGCAGAGAGCACGAGCAGCGCGCUCGUGAGGGUUUCUGUGACUGAUACGCGCACUUAGCCCGCUUAAGCUAACUUUACACUCAAGAAACUUCACCGACCCUAUGAAAUUUAUUUCUCAGCGGACACACUUCUCACUACAGGUCUGAUGCUUUGCUGCAGCCAUGUUCAGCAAGAAGAAAAAGCAACGGAUUCAGAUCUCAGCCCCCUCCAACUUUGAGCAUCGUGUCCACACUGAUUUUGAUGAGCAGGAGCAGAAGUUUGUGGGGCUUCCACGCCAGUGGCAGAGCCUCAUUGAGGACACAGCCAAGAGGCCCAAACCUUUCAUCGAUGCCACAGUCAUCACUACUGUAGAGCCACGCAAGACAAUUGUACGGGGUCGUAAGAUCGGUGACGAUGGCUCUCUCACGUGGCUUUUGGAUGAGUUUGAGACCAUGUCGGUGAUCCGCUCAAACUCCCUGCGGAGAGACAGUCCACCAACGCAACCACGCCGAGACUCCGGAUCAUCGGGAGGGGGCCAUGAGAACGGAGAACACUCUCAAUAUAGACACCCUGAUCGAUAUGGAGACAGCAAAGAGAGGGAGAAACCACGUCAGGAGCACCCAGGUGCUGAUCCCAGACAGUCUCAGCGCCCAGCCCGGUCAUCCAGAGAGGACGGCCGACCUCACCAGCAGCCUCGUGGUCAGGAGCCCAGCAGACACAAAGAGCCUGACUGGUCAGGAGGGCCAGCUGCACCGCCCCAGCACAGAGAACGAGACAGAGACCGAGAGCCACGUGAUUAUCAUGAUCAGGUGGUGAGGCGAGAGGGGGCCAACGACAAGAGGCCCAAAUCUAGCUACACCGGGAGGGACAGCAGCCCACAAUCACCCCGUGAGAAGAGACCACUAUCUGGGCCAAAUAUUCGCACCCCUAACCUACCUGUUACAGAGGGAGUGAUAAAGACCGCACAGCAAACCGGCCGACCUUUCAACACGUACCCACGAUCUGAAAGUGACUCUGGGAGGAGCGCCAGUGGUCAGGAUUUAAAACCAGGAAAAUCUCAUGAGCCUUCCCACCACAAUGGCCCCUCUGCUGGGGCAGUCCGGGGUGGAAAUAGCAGCGGCAAAAGCGGUUCUCAGGGGCAGCACAGAGCAGAGCCCCAGCAUCACGCCUCCCACCCAGCCUUAGGCCCCGAGCCCCCUCACAGCCAGCAGAUGCCCCCGGUACCAAAACCGUCAGGCCCAGCUGCACCGCCACAGCAGAGGGAGCCGCAGCGGGUCUCCCACGAACAGUUCCGUGCUGCCCUGCAGAUGGUGGUUGACCCUGGGGACCCACGCACCUAUCUGGACCACUACAUCAAGAUCGGUGAAGGUUCCACCGGCAUUGUUUGUAUUGCUACAGUGAAGACCACAGGCAAGCUGGUGGCUGUAAAGAAGAUGGAUCUGCGAAAACAGCAGCGACGAGAAUUGCUGUUUAACGAGGUGGUGAUCAUGCGGGACUAUCACCAUGAGAACGUGGUGGAGAUGUACAACAGUUACUUAGUAGAGGAUGAACUCUGGGUUGUCAUGGAGUUCCUUGAGGGUGGAGCUUUGACUGACAUAGUCACACAUACCAGGAUGAAUGAGGAACAGAUUGCCACUGUUUGUCUGUCUGUUCUGAAAGCUCUCUCGGUCCUUCACUCCCAGGGAGUCAUUCACAGAGACAUUAAGAGUGAUUCUAUUCUCCUCACCCAUGAUGGCAGGGUGAAGCUGUCCGACUUUGGCUUUUGUGCCCAGGUCUCUAAAGAGGUGCAGCGCAGGAAGUCUCUUGUAGGAACACCCUAUUGGAUGGCCCCUGAGCUCAUCUCAAGACUCCCAUACGGACCAGAGGUGGAUAUUUGGUCACUUGGCGUUAUGGUCAUUGAAAUGGUGGAUGGAGAGCCGCCAUACUUCAAUGAGCCUCCGCUCAAGGCCAUGAAGAUGAUCCGAGAUAAUUUGCCACCAAAGCUCAAAAACCUCCACAAAGUUUCGCCACUUCUCAAGGGAUUCUUGGACCGGAUGCUUGUGCGAGAUCCUGCCCAGAGGGCCACAGCUCAAGAGCUGCUGAAGCAUCCCUUCCUGGGUAAAGCGGGCCCUCCCUCUUGCAUUGUUCCCCUCAUGAGACAAAACCGCAUGAGAUGAGAAGAGAAAUCUGGGUGGGAUCUGUCAGACCCCCUGAGUUCAAAGCAAAGACCCAGAUGCAAAAAUGGAGUCUGUUCUCUGCACAGUUUAAACAUCUGAAAUGAUUGUACAGGUCAAGACUUUUAGGAGAAAAGACCUACAGACAUUGAUGCUACAGACAUUAAGAGUUUUUUUCCCCCAGAUAUUUUGUUUUAUUACACUAUGAAAUACACCACAUUUGGUGAAAUGAAAUAGACAUGAUUAGAUCCUUCACAGUGUUCUGCUGGAAGAGGUUUCCCCUUCUGACUAAUUCAGAAACACAAGAACAUGUGUUCUCUCAGUGGUUUUAUGCUCCUCAUGACCUCUAAGACUGUGCUUUUGGGUGAACCAAAUUAAGGAGGUUUAGACAUUAUGAAAAUGAACAACUUGGAGAUUCUAAUCUGUUCCAAAACAAGCUUUUUUCCCCCUGCACUUCUUCUUUUGCACCAUGACCACACUACUCAGUCAAUUUUUAACAGGAAAACAACUACUGAAGAAAACCUUUUAAAAAAGAAAAUCUGAAACUUUAGGCUCCUGUUACAACACUAAGUAAUGAUAAACACUUGAGGUGUUUUUUUUUUUUUUUUUUGUUUUUUCUCAGACCAUUUUUAAUUUUAUAAUGGUUUUGUUUUUAUAUUGCGUUUUGAGUGACAGUGUGAUGUUUAAAACACUGUUCUAAAAUUGAGUUGCACUCCAAUAUAAAACUUCCUCCUUUGAUUCAUUGUUCCACUUUAUGUAAUAAAGGGGGGAAUGGUUGGGUAUAAGGUUAUUUUUUUAUAUAUUUUUUCUCUUCCAAAACUAUGGCACCGCGCCACAUUAGCUGAGGAGAUUGAUUUGUUUUCAGCGUAGGGCAGUGUGUUCCUUUCAUGUGCGCCCAAAUCCUCCAGCUAAGUAGCUUACAUCUUUGAAGAAUCGUGGCCUUUCUCUGAAGGAUUCAUUGUGGAUGGUCUUGCCGGAGAGAUGUUGAACUAUACAAAUGUAUAGCUGAGCUUUACAUAUGCUCUAUUUUAUGAGAGCUCGUUCAAAGGAAGUGGACCAUUUAUAGAUCCCACACACUGAAAUAUAGGCCAGAAUGCAUUUGUACUUGUGUACUUGGUCAUUUACACUACUGUGUUUUGUUAUAAGAGCACCACCAUGACAUGUUCGAGGAUUAAGAGAAGUGGAACAACCAAAGGCUGUUUGAAAUUGUGAAGGUUUAUAAUACUAAUUAGUCCAAGUACACUACAUCACAUCACGUUAAAGGAAUUGUUCAUCUUUAUACAAAAAUUCUGUCAUUUAUUCAUCCUCAUGACCUGUCUAACCUCCUUUCUUCAAAAAAAACCCACUGAGAUAACAUCUUGUGUUUCACAGAAGAAAGUCAUAUAGGUUUGAUAUGGUAUGAGGGUGAGUAAAUGAUAACAAUUUUCUGUUUUGGGGUGAACUAUCCUGUAUCUUUUUUCAGUCGCAAAGAUCCAGGACCAAAGUGGAUGGGAACGAUGAUUAAAAAAAAAAAAAGGCUGUUUAAAAAUUAAUCCAAUUUGUUGUAGUGACUCCACAUGAGUACUAGCUAAUCAUUUAUGAGAGUCGAGUGAAUGCUUGUUUGUGAGAAGAUCGAGAUCGCAUUUACAUUCUGUAAUUCGCAAAUUGAGGAAGAAUUGUAGAGAUUAAUCCUAGACUGAAGCGGUAGCUUAUGUAUAUAUUUUGAGUUUUUCUAAAAAUCGUUUCUUUUGCCGAGGGCCUAAACUGUAAUACAACAACCAUAACUCUAAUUGUAGAUGUGAAGGUAUGAGUAAAUUAAUGACAGUUAUUGACCGACGUAAUUAAUAUAAAAACACUACUAGAAUGUUUGUUUUUUUUUCCACCAGUAAAAGUUUUGAAUGGCAUUUCUUUACAUACUGGAAUUGCGUUACUUCUUUAAGAGGUGAAACAUAAUGAAACAAUGACAAUCAGGCAUUGGAGCAGAGUAUGUAUAUGCAUUUAAAUGUAUAUUCAGAGAUGAAUAAUGAAAUUGAGAGAAUAGCGUUUAUCUGUGAAAUGUUGUAGGGAUUGUAGAUAGUUGUUUAAGAACCUCAGUGCACUGAAACAACAGGUUAGCAAUCCUACAAACAAAGAAAAACCGCCUUAAUGCAGAACUGAAAAUAAACACAUUCUGUUUAGGUCAAUCUGUUUAGGUCAACUUGAUUUGUGACCAGCCACACUUCUUCUUUUUUUUUUUUCAAAUGUUUAAUGACUUGACUGUUUAGAAAGAGGAUACCUCCUAUGACCACAAGCCUUAUUUAAUUGGAUGUGUGAAUGGAUAUUGCUGUACAGUGAGCAAAAUGGCAUAAUGCAUGACUUUCUCAAAAGACUGAUCCAGUGAAUGUGUUGAAUAGCUUUCAGAAAUGACUUCUCUAUUUUCUGAAUUACAUUCCCAGGGCUGAUCAGAGAAUGAUCUCUUAUGUGGUAAUGAUCUGUUUUUUUUUUUUGUUUUGUUACAUUUCCGAUUUUGUUCCUCGGUGCUCACAAUCAGUACGUUAAAUGCUCUCUGGAAGGGUACAUUGUAUUAUAAUAUGGCUUUCAUUUUUAUUCUCACUUAGUGAAUCUCAAUCUUAGAUUGUCACUGCAUUAAAACUAACGGAUCGCUCAUAUUCUGCUGUUGACUUAUUUUAAGCCUGAUAGGUUUCUAAAUAAUCUUGCACUGUACUUUUUUUUAAUUUGUCAUCAUAAUUUCCUUUUUCCUCAUGUAGAUAGUUUUUAAGAAACUUGUUUUAAAGGUGGAAUAGAAGCAUGAACUUUGUGCUCACUGCUGGCAUUCUGACAUCAUCCUGAUGUUCCCCCAUGUCUGACAGACUCGUUUUGGAUUAAUCAUAUUCAACAUCUAUUUGAAACUGCUACUGACAGGCCUGUUUUUUUGUGAAGGUUAAAAUGGAUCAUUCUUGUUCAUACUGGUUCUGUUGUUUUCUCCUUUUAUUUCAAAGUAUUGUCAUUUUGGUGGACAACUGAUGUCAGAGUUCCCUCUAUAAUAUGUGAAUUUUUACUGGUGGUAACAUUGACUUUUUUUUUCAAAUACAGGUUUUAAACAUCA